GCGCAUAGAGAGUUAUAAAUACAGGCUGUAUACCCUAUACUACCAAGUAGGAGAAAGCCUCAGUCAUAAGUUGUCCCAGGAAAAUUUUCAUUAAAACUCGAUUCGCUGUAUAAUCAAUCAUGCGCUUUAACAAUCUUCUGUCUACUUUAGUACUCGGCCUACAGGCUGGCCUAGUUGCAUCGGAGGCUGCUAUUAACCAAACCGAAAAUGAUUCUUCUGCCGACCUUUUUAAACGCUUGCUACCCAGCACCAUCACUAUUGAACUGGGCCCCAACGGGCAUGGCGACGGGAGAACCGGCGGUAUAGGCGGCUCCCUGGGAACCUUUGGUUUGGGCACCUGUGUUGGAAUGGCGACUGUUGGAGACCCUGCUGACGGGGUCGGUAUUGACAAGGUUGUAGCUCAUCUUGUCUGCGCGGACGCAGACGAAGGUCUCCCAAAGUGGAAAGCAGCUAUUGAAAAGGCCAAGAUGAGGAAUCCAUUUACUAUUCUUUAUGUAAUGGACCCCCACCUCUGGCUCAGCUAUGCGCCUGUCCAAGAUGCUGCAGACCGUCAGGACCUCUUUAAGAGACAAAAUGACUGCCACGCCGCAGCUGAGAAGGCGGCCCGUGCAAUUGGAGGGGCAAAGGUGCUUACUCGCAACCAAAUACGCCCUCCUCAGCCAAUUUCGGAGCUGGAGGUUCUCUCAAACAGGGAAAUCCUCGCUGGUGGGGUAUCAGUUCACGCGGGUAUCUAGAGACGAUGGUGGUAAAUGAGGAGGGUAUGUGGUGC